CGCUCUGCCCCGCGCGACCAACCGCCGCCGUUCGAACCGAGCCAUGGCGGACGGCGCGGAGCUGGCGGCGGUGCUGCCCGAGGAAUGGCGGCUCUACCUCGUCCCCACUCGCGCCGCCACCUUCCGCAAUUGGCCCUUUACCGAGGGAUGCGCCUGCACGCCCGAGCGGAUGGCGGCGGCGGGCUUCGUGCACUGCCCCAGCGAGAACGGCCCCGACGUGGCCCAGUGCUUCUUCUGCUUCAAGGAGCUGGAGGGCUGGGAGCCCGACGACGACCCCCUGGAAGAACACAAAAAACACUCUGCAGGCUGUGCUUUUCUCUCUCUUCAGAAAGACCCUACCAGCCUGACACUGCAGGAGUUCCUGAAGCUGGACAAAGAGCGAAUGAAAAAUGCAAUUAAAAAAGAAAUUUCUCAGAAGGUGACCGAGGUUGAAGAUGCAGCCAAGAACGUGCGUCAUGAAAUAGAGAAUCUGGUCUCCUAGGCUGCUGUAGCUUCUCGCUUGCCGGUGACAUCUGCCUUGUACAUGUGCUCUGGCACUGCCGAUUUGGCUGGAUGACUCUGUUUCCCGAGACUGCUUUCAGAACGGCUGUCUCUGCAAGAAGCAGACUGAAUUCUUCUUCGCUCAUCUAAGUCUGUCCGGGAAGUACCUGGGGUUUGAUGCACUGCACACCUAAUCUUUUUCUGCAGGGGUUCUCCUGUUCUUCCUGUUGGUUUAAUUAAGGAUUACUAGUAGUUUUAUUUGUUCUUUAUUUUUAAACCAAGCUGUUUCCAUUUUGGAGAUGCUGGUACCUCUGGCGCAAAAAUUGUGUUUCUUGUAGGAGCUAGCGGGCACUUCCAUUUUUAUACUGAAUAUACCAAUGCUUUUGUGUACUUUUGGAAAUAAAGAGGCAAAGGAGUUUUUUAAAACUCCUUCAGGGAUUUAGGAUUGUGGCUAAUAAUGUCUAAUGAUACCAAAUCUUAGUGUGCCUGGUAUCCUUGCAAACUUCUGUUUGUAGUUGGCUGCUGCCUCGUGUUGGUGCAUUUAUAAAUAAAAGUUGAAGGCAAAACAGCAAA